ACCGUUUUAGGUUAUCCCAGCCAAGCGAUCUUCAUUCGAUGUUCUUUCGGAAUUUCUCCCAUCUAUUUUUUUCAGGUAAUCACCAUUUUUUCUUGCUGUUUCCUCGUAAUUCCCAGGGAAUCUUUACAGUUGAAGGAGAAUCAUUUAAAGAAGAAGAUUUUAUCGUAAUGAGUCGGAUUGAUGAUUCUAUGCGAAAUCAAAUAGCAGCUCUUUUACGAGUUAUAAAUUUCACACGAACUUUCAGAGAAGACACCGUUCCAUGUGAAAUAGAAGAGGGUCUCUUUUUGGGUUCUAUUGCAGCUGCUAAUAAUAUGGAUGCACUUAAAAGUUUAAAUAUCACACACAUCUUAACUGUGGCUAGUUCCCUGAAACCUGUACAUACCGAUGACUUCGUGUACAAAGUUAUACCAGUCUUGGACAAAGAAGACACAAACUUAAGUCAGUAUUUUGACGAAUGCUUCAAUUUCAUUGAUGAAGCAAAAAGAGAAGGUGGUGGUGUAUUGGUUCACUGCUUCGUUGGAAAAUCAAGAAGUGUGACUAUCGUUGUUGCCUAUUUAAUGAAAAAGCAUGGUAUGAGCCUUUCACUGGCCUUGGAACAUGUGAGGAGCAAACGACCACUGGCAUCUCCUAAUCCUGGUUUCAUCCAGCAAUUGAAAGAGUUUGAAAAAUCUCUUCAAGAGCCAACAAAGAACAAAUGAAAGAUCAUGAAUGAAGAAAAGCUGCUUCAUCUUGUAGAGAAACAGUCAGUUAGGCAAAGAUAUAUAUGAUCAACAUAUCAUGUAAAUUUUAUUUAAGGCUUGCUGUUGCAGGUUGGUGGGGAUAGCUGAUCAGCCACCACUUUGCAGAUUGGAUAUUUCAAGCUCCCAUUGGCAUUUAACCUGAACAGGCUGUAAGGAGGAGUCUCCUUUAUAAUAAUUUUUGUUUCUUUUUCUAUGUUGAAAUAAAAUUUGCAAAGGAUGGGUCUUGGGAAACGUUAAUUUAUGAAUUUGAAUUUUAUUUAUUUUAUAAA